CUUCUCUAACCACAAUAAUGCACACACUGGAAUUUGAAAGGACAACCAUCUGAAUCUCAUUUGGCAUCCUCCUAUCUGUAAUCCCCUCAGCCACAUACAAUCCAAAUACUACAAAAACGUCUCUAUAACUCAUACAAAUCUGCAGAAAACACCCAACUCUCUCUCUCUCUCUUUAGAAAUGAAAAAGGAAAGGAGAACAAGCUUCAACCUUUGAGCCUCUGAGUUUUCUUAAUCUUCAUCCAUGUCCUUUUAGAGUUUUGGGGUGGUUCUUCUGAGGAAAAAAAGGGUUAUCGGGUUAUUAGCAAAAGUGAUAGUUUACCUUAAAGUUUCAGCCUUUUUAAUAUUCACCACCUCUUCCCUCAUCAGUCUCACAGGCACCAUCUAUAUAUGCUUUCUUGAAAGUCCUUUUAUCUAAUUGGAAUCCUUCCAGAAAUUACUAGUAACCCUAAAGGCCUCUCUCUCUCUCUCUCUCUCUCUCUCUCUCAGCUAGCUAGAGUGGAGCAGAAAAUAAGAGAAAGCUUUGCCCUGUACAUGGGGAGGAUGAAUUCCCUCCUCUCAGUCUCCUUUGUCGUUCGAUUUGGCGCCAAAAAUCCAUGGAGACGUCAAACUCCAAGCUUAUUUGCCUAGUUUCACCAAAAAGGUACCAUCUUUUGCCUUAUCUUCAAGUAGAGGAAAUUGGGUUCUCUUAGUUUCGGUGAACUGCUGCAAGCGAUAUUAGGGGAGAGCGGAAAUUGAACUCAUAAUUUCAUGUUGCUUGAGUUUAAUGCUCUCAACCAAUUAUAUUGUACGUUUUAAUUGACAUAAGUGAUAUUGAAGAGGAGAAAAUCGAGCUUGAAACUUCAAUAGCACAAAAUAAAUUCUGUUAACCAACUGAACUACAAGUCGCUGCUCUUAAUUUUGGUGAAUCGAAGCAACUCUUAAAAGUUCAUCAAUCAAUGGCAUCUCUUCAUCACCACCGUCCACACCGCCUACUUCUAGAACCAAUAUCAACGACACCAGCAUCACCAGCCAGCGGAAGCAGGACACGUGGCAAUCACGCCAAUGAAUCCAAUGGGAGCGGGACACGUGGUGCGUACGCCAAUGAAGCCAAUUUUGACAGCAACAUGGUCAUCAUCCUGGCAGCCUUGCUGUGCGCUCUGAUAUUUGCAUUGGGACUAAACUCAAUAGUCCGGUGUGCGCUGAGAUGCAGCAGAAGGUUCUCUCCUGAGACACCAGACGAGACGGCGGCGCGGUUGGCGGUCACCGGGCUUAAAAAAAGCAUAUUGCGUCGGAUUCCCAUCGUGAUAUAUGGGACUGGACUAAAUAUAGCUGCCACGGAUUGUCCAAUUUGCCUUGGAGAAUUUAUGGACGGGCAGAAAGUGAGGCUGCUGCCGAAAUGCAACCACGGAUUUCAUGCCAGGUGCAUUGACACAUGGUUUUUGUCACAUUCGUCGUGCCCGACUUGCCGCCAUUCGUUGCUUGAGCCGCCGGCUGCGGGCAGUUCGGAUUCGGCCGAAAAUGUUGGUGACGGUGGUGCUAGACAUGCUGGAAAUGUAUCCUCAGGUGGACAAGGUGAUGUGGCAGUCUCUGUUGAUGAGGCUGGCUAGCUUGUAGAAUGCUAUAUUUUUGUAUUGUAUUUGUGGAUUAAGGGUAAAUUUUAGUUGUAUGAGAUGCUAGGCAAUGUACUUUCAUGUAUCCUGAUAUACUUCUUGUAGUAUUAUAAGCUAAUCAUAUUGUAAUAUGAUUAAGUUAAGGACAAUGAUCGUCUGUCAUCCACUUCUGGUGCCCUCUCCGUGCCCUCCUGUUUUGUGUGGUCACGGUUAAGCCACGUCAACAUUUUAUUUUGUUUUUUUUAUA